AUGAAUGUCAGUACGAGUGCUCUUGGUGUGAGAAGGAGGAAAGUAGCCACACAAAACAUUGAUGAUGAAGAAAAUGCCGCCGUUUUGAAACUUGGACCUGAGUUUCAACUACAUCAACUCACGAAUCAAGGGGAGGACCAGCAGCUAAUAGCAUUAAACUUAUCUGAAGCAAGACUCUUAAUCAGAGCUGCAUUAAAAGAACGUAAAAAGAACCAAAAGCCAAACAAAAAUAAACUUUUGCAGCAACAGCAGCAGCAACAACAACAACAACAACAACAACAGCAGCAUCAAGAAAGUCAAAAUGAUGUUAUGAGAGCGCGUGAUUCAGACGACGACGAUGACGAUGAUGACGAAAUGAAUAGCAAAGAGGAUGAGAUUUCGAAUAUAGAAUUGGCGGGACCCAAUUCCAAUGAAAUUAUGCACAAGACUUUAAACUAUCUUACAAAUUUUGCAAGAUUCAAGAAUAGACUGAGUUGUGAAACAGUUGAGAAGUUGGUGAAUGAUUUUAACGAUCAUUGCACUGAAGUUUUGCAUCCCUUUGAAAUCGCACAGUUGGGAACAUUAGAGUGUGAAGAUGCCGAAGAGGCUAAAAGUUUGAUCCCAAGCUUGAACAACAAAGUAUCGGAUGUGCAGUUGCAGAGUUUAUUGACCGAGUUGAGGAAAUACCAAACAUUAUCGUAA